AUGGGCAAUCACGCAGAAGAACCAGUCGUCAAUUCCACUACCCAAGAUGGUUUGUCAUUCGAUGUCAUCAUCAUUGGAGCAGGCAUCUCUGGAAUCAACGCCGCAUACCGCAUCCAAACCGAAGGACCAUCCGACUUCACAUAUGCCAUCCUCGAAGGCCGCGACUCCAUUGGAGGUACAUGGGAUCUGUUUCAAUACCCGGGCAUUCGAUCAGACUCCGACAUCUUCACUUUUGGCUUCCCGUGGAGCCCGUGGAAGCACAAUGAAUCUUUGGCUGCUGGUGACAAGAUCAAAGACUACAUGAUCGAGUCCGCUAGAUCAGCCGGCAUUGAUCAUCAUAUCUGCUACAACCACACUGUGUUGACGGCAAACUGGCGCUCCGGAAAGAAGACGUGGGAGCUUCAAGUGACUCGACCGGGAGAGGAUGAGCCUACUCUCUUCCAGGCUCGAUUCCUGCUCCUUGGCACCGGUUACUACGACUACCAAACACCGCUCCAGACAGUGAUCCCAGGGAUUGAGAAGUUUGAAGGAAAGGUCAUCCAUCCCCAGUUCUGGCCUAAGGACUACGACUACACACACAAAAACGUCGUGGUCAUUGGGAGCGGUGCCACUGCUGUCACGAUUGUGCCAUCCAUGGCCGAUAGGGCGGAACGAAUCACUAUGUUGCAGAGAAGCCCGGGGUAUAUCUUUCCCUUGCCCUCGAACAGUUUCUUCACGACUCUUCUCUUCACCGUCCUACCCGCAAGUGUCGCCCACUUUCUCAACAGGCUCUUGUGGCUGUUUAGGAGCUACUUGACAACACUUCUGUGCAAGUCAUGCCCUGGUUUAGCCAAGAAAAUUAUUAAACAUGUCACCAUCAAGCAGCUCCCUCCUGAUGUCAGCUGGGACCCUCACUUUAAGCCUCGAUACAACCCAUGGGAACAAAGAUUCUGCGCCUGCAUGAAUGGUGACUUCUUUGCUGCCAUUCGGUCGGGUAAAGCAGACGUCGUCACUGAUACGAUCAAGACGGUCACUGAGAAGAGCAUUGUGCUUCAGUCAGGCGCAGUCUUACAUCCGGAUGUCAUCGUCACAGCCACCGGCUUGAAGUUGCGCUUUGGUGGAGGAAUCAAGUUCACGGUAGAUGACCAGCCCUUCAAUGUCGCCGACAAGUUUGCGUGGAGGGCGGCCAUGCUCCAGGACGUCCCCAAUCUCCUCUUCAUGACGGGCUACGAGAAUGCAUCGUGGACACUUGGGGCCGACGUCAGCGCGCGGCUCUUUGUGCGCAUCCUUCAGAAGAUGCGGCAGCGAAAGGCCAGCGUUGCGGUGCCACGGAACGCUGCGUCCAAGGACAUGCCAGUGAAGCCCAUGAUGAGCUUGAGUUCAACUUAUCUAAAGAAUGCUGGGGCAGUUUUCCCAAAGGGCGGAACAGGAUUAUGGAGCCCAAAGUCCAAUUACUUUGCCGAUAUGGCUGGGGCCAGCUGGGGAGAUGUGGCCAAGGACCUGGAGUUCUCGUAG